AUGGCUGAAUCAGGCACCACCUUGCGGUUUUGCUCCCCUUUCUGGACGCCUGAGCGUCGCUGGUUUUUCCAGUUUUUUGUCUGCAUUCUGAUAUGUCUGAACAACGGCGCUUGCUUCUGCUUUGGUGUAUUCACUCCGUACAUGAAGCAGGGAGCGUUUCACUACAGUCAGUCGGAAAUUAACAUCGUUUCUACGGUUGGCGUCAUUUUCAGCUACUGUUCACUUCCAACUGGAUUUUUGUACGACCACAAAGGUCCCAUGGCAACACUGUUUGUGGGAACCAUAUUGAAUGUGCUGGGCUGGUCUGGCAUGUUUCUCUUAUUUGUGAACAUGGACGCUCCGAUAUUAGGAACAAAUGUUGGAGUCAUGUGUCUGUUUUAUGGAAUUUCGCAAUUGUCAGCCAGCUUCUAUGAAACUGGUUCGCUUUUGGCAAGCUUGGACGCCUUUGCCUGCUAUCAGGGACGUGUGAUUCUCAUUCAGAAAACAUUUAUGGGAUUGGGGAGUUCGGUUAUUGUCCAGAUAUAUGUUGCUUUUUUUGAGAAGCACUUUACAGGAAUAGGACCGUUUUUCCUGUUUCUGCUCAUUUAUUCGCUAUGUGUCGGGGUGCUAGGUACAUUAUUUGUCCGCCUGCCCACGAAGAAAACGCAGUGUUUGGGGCUCAGCGUACCAGAUGAGGAUGUGAUUAAAAGUGGAGGAGCUGAAACGCGCCUAUUUAAGCUUCCGUUUAACGUUGGCACAGCGAUCCUUUUUGCGUUCAUCGUGUUUGUCCUGGCUGUGACCCUGCUAGAGAAUUUCCAUUCACCGUCGGAGGCUAAUCGUGCCCUUAUUGGCGUUGUGGUGAUACUCCUAUGUUUGUCUUUCGCUGCCAUGAUCUUCAUUACGCCCAGCUACUCUGUAAACUGCGGGGGGUAUGACACGCAGUCAACGACAACAACAAUCCCAACAGCACCGGCGGCAGUACCUACAGCGACCACUAACAACGAUGCCACCGUCAAAACGAGUACCACAAAUUAUGCGCCACCGCACAAUAAGGAAAAGACGGAGAGUGGCUCCAUGUUGUUAUCCAGGGCUCAACCAAGCGAUAAUUAUCCCGAUGAAAACAUUCGUCAUCAAGAGGUCGAAUUGAAUAUUCCAGAGGGACCAGAUGCGGCAAAAGAGCCUGAGACUAAUGCCUCUUUAGAGGGAGACCAACAUGCUUCAGGAGUACAGAACUUCCACUCGGGUGACAACCUCGCUACCGAAUCUAGGACUGUCCAACAGGGGGUACACCUAAACUCAAAAUCAUUAUGGUAUAAUUUGCGUCAUCGAGAGAUGUGGCUUAUGUGGUACGUGUGUCUGGCGUCGUGGAGUUCAGCGACGUUGGUUUCCACAAACAGUAGCCAGAUAUACGAAGCAAUGGACUUUAAUGGGUACUCCUCUACAGUCAAUGUCGUCUUUGUCUCCAUUUACGGUGUCGCAAGUGCAAUGGGACGUGUUUCAGUUGGUAUCGCUCAUCCCUUUCUUCUAAGCAAAAGGAUCCCUGUUCCUUCGUUUAUUUGUAUUGCCCCUCUUUUAAAUGUUAUCGGUCUACCACUGUUUCUAGCAAUGCCAAAGAAUGCAUUGGCGAUCCCUUUUUUUGUCGUUGGCCUCGCGACAGGUGUUUCAUGGGGAAGCACAGUUCUCAUCAUCAAAUCUCUAUUCGCAUCUAACAACUGUGGAAAGCACUACAGUAUAUUAUUUACAGCGGGAAUUGUGUCUCCCUUUAUUUUCAACGUGGGGAUUUUUGGACCCAUUUACGAUUACUACAGCAAACAGCAGGGACGCUGGGAAACCCGUAAAUGUGAAGGACGUUCCUGCAUUUGGAUCCCUCUGGUGGUAUGCGCUAUCGCGAACGUCAUUGCUCUGCCAUUGGCCAUCUACUUUGUUAUUCGGGUGUCAAAACGGGGAGGCCUGCUGUAA